AUGGGGAAACUGCGCGGCUAUGACUUCUACCGCGCUAUCGGGUCGCCCACACGCAUCGUCGCGCCAAUGGUGGACCAGUCCGAGUUGGCGUUUCGCAUGCUGUGUCGGACGCUCGGAGCCGACUGCUGCUACACGCCCAUGCUCCACAGCCGCCUAUUUACCGAGAGUGCCGAGUACCGGGACAAGAUGUUCGAGCACCACAUCCAGGACCGGCCGCUGAUCGUCCAGUUUUGUGGCAACGAUCCAGCAACUGUGUUGGCAGCGGCCAAGAUGGUGGAACGCCAUUGUGACGCCGUGGACCUGAAUCUGGGCUGUCCGCAGGGCAUUGCUCGCAAGGGCCACUAUGGAUCGUUUCUGAUGCAGGACAAGGACACGGUCAGGUCUAUCGUCGAGACGCUGAGUGCGGGACUUGAGGUGCCCGUGACGGUCAAGAUCCGAGUCUUUCCCGACGACCAGGAGACGCUCGAAUUUGCCCAGAUGCUGCAGGACGCUGGAUGUGAUCUACUGACGGUGCACGGCCGCACAAAAGAGAUGAACAAGACCGCAGUGGGAGCCAUUGACUGGGACAUCAUUCGACGCAUUAAGGAGCAAUUGAGCAUUCCCGUGUUUGCGAACGGAGGAGUGGAGACCCCUGACGAUAUCGCGCGUUGUCUUGCGGCUACAGGCUGUGACGGCGUGAUGAGCUCAGAAGGGGUGCUGGAAAACCCGGCGUUAUUUGCUGACGCGAACAACACACCCGGCGUAGACACGUCGUUUCUAGAGCUGGCAAGACAGUACCUUGGGUUUGCAACGCUGUAUCCGCCUGUGAGUGAUAAGAUUGUGCGUGCGCACCUGUUUAAGAUGCUGUUCCAAGAUCUGCGGAUGCACCCGGACUUGCGCGACGCGCUAGCAGCUGCCAAGUCGCAAGAGGAAAUGGUGCAGAUCGUAGAUGAGCUCGCGGAGCGCUUGAAGGGAUCGGUGGACAAGAAUGCAGCGAGUGAGAUGACGAACGAUGUGGUGUACGCGGCUGAGACGAGUUGGUAUCGCCGCCACCGACAAGGCCAAGAAAAGCUUCGACGUCGCGACUCGUACGAAAAGUGCCUUGACACUGGCUUUGGCAAUUUGUUUGAGUGA